CGAAUGCGUCUGUGUUAGCGAUGCCAGAAUCGUAAAGCACGUUUGUACAUACAAUGUACUUUUGUAUCAUCAGGCCGUACUGAUUCCUCACCGUCGGGAGAGUCGGGAGCGAUCAUCCGAAAGUUAUAAUUUUCCGUUUGAGGAUGGCCGCGAUGCUGUCCAACUGUUCGCGGUUUGUGCCUCGUGUAAUAACAAGAAUUAGUAUAUCACAAACGAAGGUUGUGAAAUCUUUUAGUCAAGGGCACAUUCUAUUUAUCUACACGCAACAUGUGGUCAGCAAGAACUCUCGAUUAUGUACAAAAUAUAAGAAAUUUCACCAUUGGACAGAUCAGGCUAGACAUAUUCAUUCAACAUCUUCACUAUGGGAAAUAAAGGAGGUUGUAGUACCACCAUUUGCGGAAAGUGUCAGUGAAGGGGAUGUCAGAUGGGAUAAGAAAGCGGGUGACCAAGUGAAGGAAGAUGACGUCUUAUGUGAAAUUGAAACAGACAAGACUUCAGUUCCUGUGCCAUCGCCAGGUGCCGGCGUUGUAAAAGAACUUUUUGUCAAAGACGGUGAUACGGUAAAGCCGGGACAAAAGUUAUGUACUAUAGACAUCGGUGCUGCCGGCGGGGCACCGCCGGCCAAACCUGCUGAGAAGGCUCCAAGUCCACCUAGUGCAGCGGCACCUGCACCCUCACCGCCGCCACCACCGCCACCUCCUCCUCCUCCUCCCUCAGCUGUACCACCGCCACCGCCACCGCCGCCGCCACCACCUGCUGCAGCUGUACCACCUCCAGCUGCUCGACCUCCACCUCCUCAAGCACCCGCAGCAUCUAUGCCGGUCGCUGCUAUCAAACACGCCCAGUCGCUCGAAAGCGCAAAAGUCCAACUGCCACCCGAAGAUUACUCGCGCGAGAUAAUCGGGACGAGAACGGAGCAGCGAGUGAAAAUGAACAGAAUGCGAAUACGUAUCGCUGAACGAUUGAAGGACGCUCAAAAUACGAAUGCGAUGUUGACCACGUUCAAUGAGAUCGAUAUGAGCCGUAUUAUGGAGUUCCGUAAAAUGCACCAAGAAAGUUUCACAAAGAAGUACGGCAUCAAACUUGGAUUUAUGAGCCCGUUCAUUGCAGCGAGUAGUUACGCUUUGAAGGAUCAACCGGUAGUAAAUGCUGUAAUAGACGGCAAUGACAUAGUUUACAGGGACUAUGUCGAUAUUAGCGUGGCGGUAGCAACACCGAAGGGACUUGUCGUUCCUGUCAUCCGCAGUGUAGAAAACAAAAAUUUCGCGGAUAUCGAAAUCGCUCUGGCAGCGAUCGGCGAUAAAGCAAGGAAAGGGAAAAUAUCUGUUGAAGAUAUGGACGGUGGCACGUUCACGAUAAGUAACGGUGGCGUUUUUGGUUCAUUGUUGGGAACACCAAUCAUUAAUCCACCACAAAGUGCAAUUCUUGGAAUGCACGGCGUAUUCGACAGGCCCAUUGCAGUGCAGGGCGAGGUAAAAAUUCGUCCAAUGAUGUACGUGGCUUUAACAUACGAUCACCGACUGAUCGACGGACGCGAAGCUGUAAUGUUCUUAAGAAAGAUCAAGGCAGCCGUGGAAGAUCCCAGAAUUAUUUUAGCUGGCCUUUAAGCCUCGUAAACACUUUUACUCAGGAUCGCUUCGAACACGCCUCUCAUCACAUCCGGAACAUUUUGUACACGUUGUAUUAUAUUCUGUUCAAUGAGGCUUUUACUUAAAAACGAGCAUGCUCUUAAACACUUAUCGAUCGUUGUGAUAAAGGAAAGUAUGAAACGUCGCAGGAACGGGAUGACGCAAAGUAUUCCUAUUUGAAAAACUUAAUCGUAAUAACUAUGUUAAUAUGUACUAUUUCGAUUCAUUCAUGUCCCAAUAUUCAGCAAUACGAAUCGAUGUUUCUAUAAUAUAAGAUACGGCAGUCGCCCUGCCGUUUUAUAAGAUUUUUAAAACUUCAACCGAAAGCCAGGAGAAUUCAUAUCGGCAUGAACUUAUACUUUAGUAUAUAUAUACUUGUGGCUCGAAAGUUAAACUAGUCGGAGGACAGAAAUUUGAUGCUAAAUGUUUUGGUUUAAAGACGUUUGCACCUCGGAAUUGGUUGUUGUUGAUUCAAAAUUAUUUCAUGCACCCCUGGACGUUGAAAGUGUUCGGAUCAUUUUAUAAACACAUUUUUUGUUAGUCAAACUUUAUGGGUGCAUCUAUACAUCGUUGUUUUUAGCCACGUGUAUUUGUAAGAAUCGUUUUAUCGUUUGUAAUUGUAUUUAUUUUUAUUCUAAUGGCCUUGAACGAGACGUCAUAAAGAAGCGAUAUUCGAAAAGCUAGAAGGAGAUCCUUUAUUGCCAGAAUAAAUGUAUCGAAAUAUUGAAAUAAAAUUUCACGAAUCUA